AUGAUACUGAGAGUACUGAUGUUCCUUUGUUUGCAGGUGUUAUUGACCGACAUAGGCGUUGAUCUUAAUAUAAAUGACACACUUAUAACAAAUCCUACAUCGCUGUAUCAGUCGUCCAUAGAUUCCAUCACUGCUGAUUGGAAUAUUUCCGACCCUGAAAGCAAUAUUGCAUGGUCCAGUUAUUGCUAUGGUACAAUACCAGGACGAUGUGAUGUAUACAAUAUGACGUUGGCCGGCGAUUCAUCUGGGAUACAGGCAGGACAAGUGCAGCCAUUCACAAAUGGAAAGCCAAAUUUCCUGAUGCUUCAUUCAGAG